AUGAGUUUUCCAGAAGUUCUGGACCACAUUGGUGGCAUGGGACGCUUUCAAGUCAUGCAUGUGGCAUUCCUGGCCAUCCCACUCUUAAUGCUGGCCAGCCAUAACCUCCUGCAGAACUUCACUGCUGGGAUCCCAGAGCAUUACUGUCAAGUGCGCAUCAUGGCCAACUACACCCAUCAUGCCAAUCUCACAGCCAGCCUACCUGCUGAAGAUCUGCUCCGGGUUUCCAUUCCCAUGGACAGGAGCCAGAAGCCGGAGAAGUGCCAGCGGUUUGUCACCACCCAGUGGCAGCUCCUAAACCCAAAUGCCACAAGCACCAACACCAUAGAGCUGGAUACUGAGCCGUGUGUAGACGGGUGGACCUAUGAUAAGAGCCUGUUCACUGACACCAUUAUAACAGAGUGGGAUUUGGUGUGUGAGUCCAGGACACUCCGACAAAUGGCGCAGUCGCUCUACAUGGCUGGUGUGCUGGUGGGGUCAGCUGUGUUUGGACGCCUCGGGGACAGGUUUGGCCGGAAAGCCCUCCUGAUCUGGUGCUACCUGCAAAUGGCGGUAACAGGCAUCUGUGCUGCUUUCUCCCCCAACUUCACCAUGUACUGCGCCUUCCGCUUCCUCACCGGCCUGGCCAUUUCCGGCAUCUCGGUCAAUUCUGUCUCGCUGUGCAUAGAGUGGAUCCCCACCAAUGUUCGGGCCAUUGUGGGCACCAUCAAUGGAUACUCCUACACUACUGGGCAAUUCAUUCUGGCUGGGGUGGCCUACGCUAUCCCAGAUUGGCGCUGGCUACAGCUCACAGUCUCCCUGCCUUUCUUUGUCUUCUUUCUUUACUCCUGGUUGUUUGUAGAGUCUGCCCGCUGGCUGGUGAUAUCAGGAAAACCAGAACAGGCAGUGAAAGGGCUGAGAAAGGUUGCUAGGAUCAAUGGGAAAAUGGAAGAAGGAGACAAACUCAGCACUGAGGUCUUGAAAUCCAACAUGCAGAAGGAACUGUCCUCAGCCAAAUCUAGCCAUACCAUCACGGACCUGGUACGCACACCCACCAUGCGCAAAAUCUCCUGCGGAGUCUCCUGCAUAUGGUUCUCCACCAGCUUUUCCUAUUACGGCUUGGCCAUGGACUUGCAGAACUUCAAUGUCAAUGUCUACUUGACCCAGCUGAUCUUUGGAGCAGUUGAUUUUCCAGCCAAGUUCAUCUCAGUCCUCACCAUCAUUUUCAUUGGACGCCGUUUCUCCCAGGCCUUUUCCUUGGUCCUAGCCGGACUGUGCAUCCUAGCUAAUAUUUUUGUGCCACAAGAACUGCAGACCAUGCGCAUGGUCUUCGCUGUGAUCGGAAAAGGCUCCCUGGCUGCAUCAUUUAACUGUGCCUAUAUAUUUUCUGGAGAGCUGUUCCCAACGGUGAUCAGGCAGACCGGGCUGGGACUAGGCGGCACCAUGGCUCGGGUUGGUAGCAUCAUGGCUCCACUUGUUCGGCUGACUGGUGAAUUCUUCCCAUCCCUGCCCCUGAUUAUCUAUGGAGCUGCCCCUAUUGUCUCCGGCAUCGCAACCUGCCUACUGCCAGAGACACACAACGUGCCAUUGCCUGAGACCAUAGACGAAGUGGAAAGACAAUCAAGAAAUACGCUCAAGGAUGAACUACAAAUGAAUGUCCUCCUUCAUUCUACAUAG